GCGUUUAAUUUGAUUGGGCGAAACGUACUCAACAAUAAAAAGGUGUGGCGACCAACUGUCAUUUGUUUAAUGAAUCAUCUGCUUUGAAAGUAGUCGGCUUUGUCGGUUAUUGACCAUAAUUUUUGUAUUUCUAAGCAUUUUGUAAAUUGGAAGUGAAAAUGUCUUCGCGUAAAACUGUAAGCAGACGAGGCACCGGAAAGAAAAGGGCCCAGAGGGCUACUUCCAAUGUCUUCGCGAUGUUCGAUCAAGCACAAAUUGCAGAAUUUAAGGAAGCGUUUAACAUGAUUGAUCAAAAUCACGACGGGUUCAUCGACAAGGAGGAUCUGCACGAUAUGCUCGCUUCUUUAGGUAAGAAUCCUCCCGAUAACUAUCUGGAUACAAUGAUGAACGAGGCUCCGGGCCCCAUCAAUUUUACCAUGUUCCUGACAUUAUUCGGCGAAAGGCUACAAGGUACAGACCCCGAGGACGUGAUUAAGAACGCCUUCGGAUGUUUCGACGAGGAGAAUUUAGGAGUAAUAAAUGAAGAGAGGCUGCGAGAACUGCUCACGUCUAUGGGAGACCGUUUCACUGACGACGAGGUUGAUGAAAUGUAUCGUGAGGCACCGAUUAAGGGUGGACUUUUCGAUUAUGUCGAGUUUACUCGAAUUUUGAAACACGGUGCUAAGGAUAAAGAUGAACAAUAAUUUUAUUACGAAGUUGUUUUGGUAUCGAAAUAUAUUUGCAAGUUACAAAAUUAUUAGGAAUGGAAAUUUAUAAGAUUUUAAUUUUGUUAUAAUUGUAAGGGGGUUAAUUUUGUAUUUUUUGUAAAACAUAAUUGUGUAGUAAACAUUUCUAUAUGUA